AUGGACAACGCACUCUCUUUCCUGUACGCCGCUGCGAUGCAUGAUGUCACGGCCCUUGAGCGCGAGUACGCAAAGGAUGAGAGUGUUCUCUCCGCACGCAACCCCGAAGGGCGAACCGCCCUCCACCUCGCCGCGCUCCACGCCCACCCGGAAAUCCUCCGCCUGCUGCUCAGCUACGGCAUGUGCGCCGCCACUACCGACGCCCACGGCCAGUCUGCCUUGCACAUCGCCGCACAAGGCUCUUCCACAGAGGCUGUCGAAGUCCUCCUCAAGGACGGCUCAGGCUGCACAACACGUGACAAUGACGGCAAGACUGCCCUCGCCUACGCAUACCAGAACCCGUGCAAGGACGUCCUCGCCCGAUUCAUCGGCUACGCGCCGAGCUGUGGCGUAGGCUGUUCGCUCACCCCGGCGAUAGUCCUC